UGCUUACAUAUAUUCAUAUCUGAAUUUUCAUCCUGUUCAAUUCAUUUGCAAAAUAAUUUGUUCUCUGAAUGUGAAGAUCGUACAUCACAUUAUCAUGGCUUCCAAUUAUAAUCUAUCCCCUUCAGAUGCACAUCCUGAGACCAUGGAUUUUCUUUCACUUGCUUGGUGUGACUUUGCUGUCCAAGCUCUGCAGCCAGAACCACAACAUGGAUCAGUUGUUCUAGUUGAUAAUCCUAUGAAGCAGCUAGAGCCUAGUAGCCCCAUGAUGGAAAAGAGUGCUAGAAUGGAUGAUGCAGAUUUCAGGUCUCUACCUUCAUGGAAGUCUAAUGAUAUGAAGUCAUGGAUAUGGAUGCAACAAGCCAUGCAUCCUGAAUUGAAUUACAAUAGCUGUUUCAGAAAGAAAUGGAUGCCAUGGAAGCAGAUCAUACCAUUGAAGAGUGUCUCAAUAAAGAAAUGGUUUAAAGAAAUAAAGCUGAGGAGGAAAGAAGAUCAGAGAUUGCAAAGAGCAGAGGUGCAUGCAGCUAUAUCUAUAGCAGGGGUAGCAGCAGCUCUUGCUGCUAUUGCUGCUGAAAAUUCCAAAAAAGAGUCCAAUGAAGAUAGAGAUGCAGCAAUAGCCUCUGCAACUGCCUUGGUUGCUGCUCAAUGUGCAAAAGUAGCUGAAGCAAUGGGGGCAAAGAAAGAGCACCUUGGGAGUGUGAUUGGCUCAGCCAUGAGUGGCACAAGUCCAAGUGAUAUUCUCACUCUCACUGCUGCAGCUGUAACAUCAUUAAAAGGAGCAACCACACUUAAAGCAAGAUCAGGAUGCAAAAACAGAUUGAGUGGGGGAGUCCCCAUCUUGCCAAUUGAAGACAACAAUGAUUUGGACUUUGACUUUGAAAAAGGGAGAUUGAUUCUUUCACAGGGUGCUGAGUUAUAUGUGGAAACACCAGAAGGGAGGUACAUGCCGAGAUCUGUGGCAGUAGUUCUAAAUGGUGAUGCCAAGGUUGUACUUGUGAUGAGGAAGCACAAUCUAUUUAAAAGCAAGAAGGAGAGUAUCGUGGUAAAUCUGCAUGCAGAGCUGUAUAAAGGUUCAGAAGGUGAGGAUGGUGGAACAUGUUAUCUGAUUGUCUUAACAACAAGAAGAGGCACUUUCAAGCUAGACAUGGUGGAUGAUUUCCGUCGUUACAAGACAUGGGCCACAACCAUCAAUCAUAUGCUUAGGAUUUCCAAUUCUUUUGCAAAAUAUGAGCUUCAAUAUUACUGAAAUUAUAUUGAUCCUAUUAAUAAGCACUUAUUUACCUUUUUGUAUCCAUUUGCAUCGUUGUAAUGUAUUGGUAACUAUAACAUUAUGUCGAUCAUUCCCACUGUUGAAUUCAAACUAUUUGCAAUCA